ACCAGAUUACUAGCAAUACACAAUUAGAUACGUAUUGAGAAUAGAGGGAGCUGUUUUCACAAUUUUAAAUUCCUAUCGAUGUUCAUGUUAAAUUCCUCUGUCAGUCCGUUCUGAGACUUGAUCGGACGCGUGUCUAUGUGUCUUAGUAGAUGUGGUGCUGUGUAUUGUGAUUGUGGUGAGAAACAUAACCUAUAAUAACAAUAGUAUUUUUAAAUAUUAAUAAUGUAAAUAGAAAGAGAAUAUACGUAUAUUCUUUGAAAAAAAUAUAAUUUUCUUAUUUUUAAUUAUUAAAAUUUUACAAAUCAAUAUAGAAAUAUUAGUGAAUUAAAAAGUUACGAUAAUUGAAACAAAUAUGAGGAGCAAUUCAGAUGAGAGUGAUUAUGAGAAUGAAAGUUUUAUUAAUACAGAUCAUGAUGAAAGUAUUGAAGAAAAAAGAACAGAUUCAUCAUUUUUUAGUGAUUACUCUACUAAUGAAAAACAUAAAAAAAAGACAAAUCAUUUCAUUUAUACUACUUUAUCAGAUGAAACUUCAGAUUUAAAUGAUAGUGACUGCAAUGAAGAUUAUUAUUCAUCUAAUGAAUAUAACAAUCCAGGUAUAAAUGUUUGUAUAAAUAAUUCGUCAGAUUGUGAUGAUAAAAUAAGAACAAGAAAAAAGAAAGAUGCUUAUCAUUAUAAUAAAAAACAAAAGAUACAUGAGGAUUCAGGUGAUGAAGGUAGUAGUCAAAACAUUAAUAACAUUUCUAUAAAUGAUCCAUCAAGUAAUGAUGAAGAAGAUAUUAGAAUAGAGAAGAAUAUAUAUGAAGACUCUUAUCAUUAUAAUAAGCGACAAAAAGUUCAUAAAGUAAAAAAUAAGAUUGAAAAUGAUAUUAAUGAUAAAAAUAAUUUCAAUGUAAAUGAAGAAUUAAAUAAACAGGAAUCCAAAAAUCUUAACACUGACAAAGUUAAACGUAUGAUGAAAAAAAUGGGAUAUAAGGAAGGAUAUGGUCUUGGAAAAAAUAAGCAAGGUCGUUUAGAACCAGUUGAAGCUUCCAAACAACAUGGACGUAGAGGUCUUGGUCAUAAUAUUCCUGGGCUUGAAGCUUCAAGUCUUAAAUGGGAUCCUGCAGAAGAAGAAAUAAAAUGUAAAGAAGAUAUGGAGUGGAUAAAAAAUCCAAAUAAAAAUUUACCUACAAAAGAAGAAAUGCAUUUUUGGUUACAGAUAGGACCUAAAAAAAUGACUAUAGAUGAUGAAACUCAUUUUUGUCAUGAGGAUAUAGUUAGAAAUAUAAUUAAUUCGAAAACAGUAUUUGAUAAUUUAGAUGAUGUUGAAUUUCGUCGCGCAAGAACACGUUCUAAUCCUUACGAAACAAUUCGUGGUGCAUUUUUCCUAAAUCGUGCCGCUGUUAAAAUGGCUAAUAUAGAUAGAGCAUGUAAUUUUAUGUUUACUGAUCGAAAACAUUUGGGAAAAAAUGAGUUGUUAUAUUUUGCAGACGUAUGCGCUGGACCAGGUGGUUUCAGUGAAUAUGUUCUUUGGAGAACAAAAUGGCAUGCUAAAGGGUUUGGUUUUACAUUGAAAAAUGAAAAUGAUUUUAAAUUAGCUGACUUUUAUGCUGGUUCUCCUGAAACAUUUCAUCCAUAUUAUGGACCAAAAGAUAAUGGUGAUGUCUUUGAUUCUGAAAAUCAAAGAACAUUUAGAGAACUUAUAAUGAAAUACACUCAUAAUAAAGGAGUACAUUUUAUGAUGUCUGAUGGUGGUUUCUCUGUUGAGGGAAAAGAAAACUUACAAGAAAUUCUUUCAAAACAAUUGUAUCUUUGCCAAUGUUUAGUAGCAUUAAUGAUAGUAAGAGAGAAAGGUCAUUUUGUUACAAAAUUAUUUGAUAUAUUUACACCUUUUAGUGCAGGUUUAAUCUAUUUAAUGUAUCGAUGUUUUGACGAAAUUUGUAUUUUUAAACCAAACUCUUCUAGACCAGCAAAUUCAGAACGUUAUUUGAUAUGUAAAAGUAAACGGCCUGGAACAGAAAUUGUUAUGCAAUAUUUUAAUAAAAUUAAUCAUAUACUAUUAGAUAGUGAUGAAAAUAAUGAUGUUAUACAAUUAGUGUCAUUUGACGAAUUAGAAAAAGAAAAACACUUUCUGCAAUAUUUACGCACUUCUAAUGAAUAUUUAGGAAAAAAACAAAUAAUAGGUCUGUGCAAAAUUGCUGCAUUUUGUGAAGAUAAUACUCUUGUUGAAACAAAACAAGCUGAUAUGCGUAAAGAAUGUUUAACAUAUUGGAAACUUCCUGAUGAAAGUAGAACAAUUCCGAAACAUAUGAAACCAAAAGAUAAAUUAAAUAUUCUUGUUAAAGAUUCUACAUUUCUUUCUAAUUUCGCAACUACAUUAAAAGUAGAUAAUAUUAAUAAUUUAUUAAAUUCACCAUAUGAUUGGUUUUGCAUGCCAUGUAGUACUAAAUUACAACCUGAUGAUGAAAGAAAAAAUGCUACAUUUUAUAUGAGUAUGGGAAGAAGUAACGUUUAUCGUUAUUUGAAAUAUGGUUGGGUAGAAGUUAGUGAUAUUAAUAUAGAAUUACCAUCAAAUACACUUGUAUAUGCAGAAGUUGUACAUGAAAUGAAAAGAGAAUUUAGACAUCAGCAAAAAGUACUUGCAUUACAUAUUAUAGAUGCAUUCAUCUUAGGAGGAGAAGAUGUUAGCCAAAAAUAUUUAAGAGAAAGGCAUGAGCUUACAAAGAAAUUUUGUGAAGCUUUGUGGAAACCAGAGGGAAGUAAUUAUGCUCGAGUACGAGCUAAAGAAUUAUUCCCAGUAAAUUCGGAUAUAUGUGAAAAAUUGCAAAUAAAAGAGCGUAGAAUGAAAAAUAAUUGUCCUGCUUUGGUAUACGAACUUCCAGAAACAUCUUUACAUUAUGAUCAAAAUUGUGAUGAUAAAUUAUAUUUUAUACCAAAUAGUAUAAUAUUUUUAAGAAGUACUGUUAAUCCAUGGAAUCGAUAUGUCAGCAAAACACAUCGUACGACUUAUGUUUUUAAUUAUAAAACUAAUGAGAAUUUAUUUGAUAAAAAUAGACCGCGUUCGGCAGAAGCAAAUUUCGUAGAAUCUUUUAAAAAUCGUGUUAUUUGGUAUUGGCCUAGUGAUAAGUCACUUACCAUGAAUAUAUUUGCGAAAUUUAUCAAAGAUAAGUGUAAUAUAACAUUACAAAAUGGUUUAAGUUAUUAGUAAAACAAACAUGAAAUUGAUAAUAGAAAUUUUCAAUGUGGUAUUAUUAAUUGUACCAUUUAAAUACUAAAUUGAUCAACUUUGUUUUUUAAAAACUUUUUAAUUUUAAUAGAUGAUUUUGAAAAAUCAUACUAUUAAUUUUGAUGUAGUUGAUCAAUUCAAUUUUUAUAUGGCUCAAUUUUUAAAUAAUGUAUGUAUAAUAAUAAAUAUAUAAAUGUAUAUA